GCGUGCGCGCGCGCGCGCGCUGCGGGCGGGCCAGUGGAGCCGGCGGCCCCGGCACGUGAUCUGCGACCGGCUCUGUCGCUGGGUGGCUUGGUCUGUCUGUCCGUCCGCGGGUGCCAUCAUGGCGGACGCGGCCAGUCAGGUUCUCCUGGGCUCCGGUCUCACCAUCCUGUCUCAGCCGCUCAUGUACGUGAAAGUGCUCAUCCAGGUGGGAUAUGAACCUCUUGCCCCAACAAUAGGACGAAAUAUUUUUGGGCGGCAAGUAUGUCAGCUUCCUGGUCUCUUUUGUUACGCUCAGCACAUUGCAAGUAUCGAUGGGAGGCGUGGGUUGUUCACAGGCUUAACUCCAAGACUGUGUUCAGGAGUCCUUGGAACUGUUGUCCAUGGUAAAGUUUUACAGCAUUACCAGGAAUUCGACAAGGUUGAGGAGUUAGGACCUGCAAAUGUACAAAAAGAAGGUUCAUCUUCCUUUGACCGAGUUAUCAAAGAGACAACUCGAGAGAUGAUCGCUCGUUCUGCUGCUACCCUCAUCACACAUCCCUUCCACGUGAUCACUCUGAGAUCUAUGGUACAGUUCAUUGGCAGAGAAUCCAAGUACUGUGGACUUURUGACUCCAUAGUAACCAUCUAUCGGGAAGAGGGCAUUCUAGGAUUUUUUGCGGGUCUAAUUCCUCGCCUCCUAGGUGACAUCAUUUCUUUGUGGCUCUGUAACUCACUGGCCUACCUCGUCAAUACCUAUGCACUGGAUAGCGGGGUUUCCACCAUGAAUGAAAUGAAAAGUUAUUCCCAAGCUGUCACAGGAUUUUUUGCCAGUAUGUUGACGUAUCCCUUUGUGCUUGUAUCUAACCUUAUGGCCGUCAACAACUGUGGGCUUGCUGGUGGAUGCCCUCCUUAUUCCCCAAUAUAUAGUUCUUGGAUAGAUUGCUGGUGCACGCUACAGAAAGAGGGAAAUAUGAGCCGAGGAAAUAGCUUGUUUUUCCGGAAGGUCCCUUUUGGGAAGACUUAUUGUUGUGACCUGAGAAUGUUAAUUUGAAGAUGUGGGGCAGGGACAGUGACAUUUCUAUAGUCCCAGACGCACAGAAUUAUGGGAGAGAAUGUUGAUUUCUAUACAGUGUGGCGCGCUUUUUUAAUAAUCAUUUAAUCUUGGGAAAAUGGAGGUGACUGGUGUCUGCCUUUUUUGUUCUUUUUCCUAGCACAUCAUUUACCACYGAUAUUCCCCCAUUAGUUAUUCUGAAAUGGGACAUUUAUUGCUCCAGAUUCUUGUUUUAUGUAAACUAAAGGAAAAAAAAAAACUUAUAUUUUCCUAAAGGUACCGGCAGGUGGUUGUUGAUUUGAGUCUCAAUUUAAGGCUUUGUAAAAUGAAGAGUAGAAUCCCAAGAAGAAAUGCUUCUAUAAAAUUUAAGGAAUUAAAAAGGCAUCUUGUCUUUUAUACUUCAAAGAAAGGACAGACAGUAUGUUGCUAAAUUACCGUAGAAAAAUCUCUACAUGAGCCAUCAAAGAGAAAGAAUGAUUGUAAAGAAUAAGAUUUGGAAAGAAGGUAUGAUGACAUUUUUUCCCCCACGUAAAGAAGUUUUUGUUUUUACCUAAAAUAUGAAAAGCAAAUAGUGUGGCAGUAGCCUCCUUCUCUAAGAGCUASGUAUUGGCCAGUCCCUAAAUUCCAUCACUAUAUGGUUCUCAUUAUAUUCGAUCUUUUGUUCCUAAGUUUUUUGUUUUGUUUCCUUUUUGUUAUUUUUGCAAAAGGUGAGUAAUUUGUUUUAAUUCCUGAUGACACCCUCAGAAAGCGUAUUUGUAUCUGGGAAUAUGGACGUAAGUCCACAGGGUUCUUAGGAUAUUUAUCACCUCGCAUGUCAUACCCUCAGGCAUGUUAAUAAACGUUUGGAAGAAAAAUCACUUUCAAAGGAAAUAAAAUUCAACUCAAGCAUAAAGCUCCUAUUUAUUCAGGGCUUUUGAAAACAGGUUAUGCCCUAAAAUGAGAAAGCCUAUGGUUUCACUUAUUUAAUCUACUGGGACUUUGCCAAAUGAGUAAGCACUUAAUUUGCUGCUUCUAGAUUUGUCUAUCAAAGUAGCAGCACCCAUAAUAUUAGGUAACUGGGGCACAUAGGGGUCUUUUCCCUCCUGCAGGGUUUAGGCUACAACCUGAAGCUCAUGAGACUAGCUUAGCUCGAAAUGUCUUUGAUGUCAAAUAUUCUGUCUUAAAAAGUAAUGUAAGUUUUAUAUUUUAUUCGAUAUUAUCAGAAUUUGUUUUAAUAUAAAAAUGUUUUACAUUACCUACUUUUUUCUCCCCCCUCCCCCCUCAAAAAAAUCUUCAAGUAAAGCUGAUCUAGGAAAACUUU